GACGAGAGACGUCAGAUAUAAAGCAGAGCCGGGUUAAAAGCCACACGGAUCUGCGAUUGAACGAGAACCAGGAGGAGUGGGGGACAGCGGUGGGAUUUUGCGGGGAGAGAGAAGAAAGGGCGAUCAACGGGGGCGAAAGGAAUCGGGACAAGGGAGGGAGGGCUCGCCCCCUUUCGAUCAAAAACCCUAGGGUUUUGCGCAGGGCUAGGGUUUGGUUGCCAUGUCUGCGGGGAUCUGCGGGAAGCGCCUAGGGUUGGAGGAAAUCUUCGGAUCUCCGGCGCCGGCACCGUCGGCGAAGAGAUCUCGCUGCUCGCGCUACGGAUCUCCCAUCCGUUCCUCCGAUUUCGGCCUCGGAUCCGACGACAGGGUCUCCAUACUCCUUCGCAUGUUCCCCUCCAUGGAUCGGGAGGUUGUGGAAACUGUUUUAAAGACUCAUGAUCACAAAAUUGAUGAUGCCAUCAAGAGUCUUCAUGCUUUGUGCCUUGGUGAUGAUUCUGCAAGAAUCGAGUCAGCAAGGCUUCACUCUAUUCUCCAAGCAACUGAAAAUCCUGUUGAAGUUUCAGGUGGUGGUAAUUCUCAGACAUCUGCACAGAAUGUUGAAGGUACUCACACUGACAGGUUGGAUUCUGCACCGAAUAUUUCCCAAAAUGUGGCUUCAUGGGUAGAUAUGUUUGUACAAGAAAUGAUGAAUGCCUCAAAUUGGGAUGAUGUUCGAAACCGUGCUAUGAAAAUCUUGGAAGCUUUUGAACAAAAUGUUGCUGCACAGACCACAGCAUCAGUGGAGCAGGAGAUUGCUUCUCUUAAGGAGCAAUUGCAGUGUUUGUUGAAAGACAACCAGAUUCUGAGAAGAGCUGUUGCUAUUCAGCAUGAACGCAAUAUAGAGCAUGAGGAGAAGCUAAAGGAGGUGGAGCAAUUGAAGCACAUUAUUAGUCAGUACCAAGAGCAAAUCCGGACAUUGGAGCUGAACAAUUACACAUUGAAUAUACAUCUUCAGAGGGCACAGGAAUCCAGUUCUAUUCCUGGACGGUUCCACCCAGACAUAUUCUAGAGCCCACCUUCAGGACAUGUAAUUAAUUCUUCGUCAUGGUAUGAACCUAAACCAGAAAAAAAAUGGGAGAACGGAAGAGCUCCAGUCCAUGUUCAAGCCUAGUAAUUGAGCCUUUCUGGAGCUAUGUAUCUCUUCACUAGUCGGUUUUCUUCUGCUACAGCUGGUGCAUCCGAAGAUGAGGGGAGUGGGCUCACUAGCUUUACCUUUUUUUAAAGGAGAUAUUUUAAUUAAUUUGUUACAACCUGCCUCGCAUCAGGGCAUGUUCUUGUGCUUUUGUGUUUGUACUAUAGUUGGAAGUUCCUCCGGUUAUGAAUAUGCUAUAAGCCUGAAGAUCUGAGCCAUGCAGGGGUGCUAUUAAAAUUUUAAAUUGCCCUCAUAUAAGCUAAUGGCUCAAAAAAAAGUUUGUUUUGAUCCAUGGACCGGAUUGUAUCUUGAUAUUAAAUAAUUAAAAUAUGUUGUGCAAUUAUUUGUUUGGUUUGUAAUUGUUGAUACUUUGUGCAAGGCAUAUUAAAGAAUGAAGAGAUCUUGUUUGU